AUGUGUAAAUUAUCUUUAAUGUCGGUAAUUUUAACAUCAAGCCUGUCUUUGUCUUUCUCAACAAAUAAUUGUAGUUGUGAAGAAAAAAAAGAUUUAUACGAAUUAAAAUUGAGUGUAAAUGAUCUAGAUAUGUUUAAAUUCGCCGAAGAUGGCUGGAAUAAAUUAGUCGCUGAAGGAAGAUCCAGAGGAGCGACGAUCAGAGGUAGUUUUUCUGUCCAGUAUACGCAAGAGUCCAAAUUGUUCACACUGAAAGAAGAUAUACUAUACUUGUUAUAUAUGUGGCCGGGGAAUGACGACCCAGCAGAACGCGAGCAACGUAAUAUUUUCAACCUCUUCUACCGCAACAAUCUAUUCUGUCGUAAAGAAUAA